CUUUACGACAGAAGUCUUGCUUAAAGGAGGCUAGACGCGAUUGACCCUGACUAAUGCCAAAUAAAGGGGGAGAACGGGCAUAAACAAGGGACGUAAGCCUGUCUGUUGCUUUAUUAUGUUCCACUACCAAUGUCCUCCCUCGUACCCUAUUAACUAUGUCAGAAGAGAAGAUGUCGCUGAGGCCGUUGACAACGGCUGCUUUUAUCGUCGUCACAUUUAUUAUUCUUGCGCUUCCAUUUAUACCCGGGAUGCCAAGUUUACCCACCAUCAUACCGAUGAUAACCCCGCAUCACUUCCAAGAGCCAAGUGAACGUUUUAUCAUCGCAUUCGGUGAUUCUUAUUCUCGGAGCGGUUUCAGAAUGAACUACACGUAUACCAGGACUGGCCCCCAAAUGGACGACAUGGAGAGGACAGAUCGACCAAAUGACAAACUUCUAGACUGCCCAAGAGCAGAAAAUCCAAUCGGCAACCCGCAAUGGCCAGGGAAAACAUCAUCUGGCGGUCAAAACUGGGCCAUGUAUAUGGCGACUGAGUUCAACACCACACUCACUCUUGCGUAUAUUUUUGCGCGAUCAGGGUCCGUGGUGGAUGCGGAGAUAAUACCACCGAGAAGGAAAUCAACAUUCACAUUUGCACACCAGAUCAUUCAUUUCAAAGACAGCAUCGGCCAUCGUCCUCAUUACGCGGCGUGGACUGCUAAAAAUAUAGUGGCAACGAUUUGGUUUGGGCUUAACGACUUGUCUAUUGCGUUCAACAAGAAAGGUCGCGACGAUUUGCUAGAGGCUGCAAACCAGCGUAUGUUUGAGCUGUCUGAGAUCCUUUAUGAUACUGGGAUUCGUAGUUUUAUCUUUAUUGAAAUCCCACCCAUGGAAUUGUUUCCCUCACAUCAGGCAAAGAAACUUCAUGAUAAUAAUUACAAGCAUGAAAAGGUCUCUUAUGCUAUAAACCUAUGGAAUAGCCUUCUCAGGCAAAACACUGCUCUAUUUCGGCAAGCCCAUCCAGACGCCAAGGUGACGUAUGUAGAGAUAUGGGACUUGUUCUAUCAGGCUUUCCUACACCCUGAAUCUCUGGGCGCACGGAACUCAACUUGUGUCGAUCCCAACGGCAAGGACUGUCUUUGGGCUAAUCCCGGGCAUCCUGGAGAGAAGAUUCAUCAGCUCAUUGGGGCUAGAAUAGCUGAAAAGGCAUGGGGCUCCGCUGUUAUCUAGAAUCUAGCUCAUCUUAACAAGUCUUGUACGAUACGUAUAUGGUCUCAAAUGAAUCAAUCAUACUACACUCAGAGGCCCUCUGAAAACAACUACGAAGUCUCUCCAAAAGACGAAAAGACCGUGUCUGGAAUUGUCGCGCGCCAUGAUGUACCUCAUUCACCG